GUCCUCCCUUACCGUCCGUGGCUGCGGUUCAGUCUGGUUGGUCGUGUUCGUGCAUCUCUGUUGCAGUUAUGGCUGCGGCCGUCGCUAUGGAGACAGAUGAUGCUGGAAAUCGGCUUCGGUUUCAGUUGGAGUUGGAAUUUGUGCAAUGUUUAGCCAAUCCAAAUUACCUUAAUUUUCUUGCCCAAAGAGGUUACUUCAAAGACAAAGCUUUUGUUAAUUAUCUUAAGUACUUGCUUUACUGGAAGGAGCCAGAGUAUGCCAAGUAUCUAAAGUACCCUCAGUGUUUACACAUGUUAGAGCUCCUCCAGUAUGAACACUUUCGAAAAGAGCUGGUGAACGCUCAGUGUGCGAAGUUCAUUGACGAGCAGCAGAUUCUACACUGGCAGCACUAUUCCCGGAAGCGGAUGCGUCUUCAGCAAGCCCUGGCAGAACAGCAGCAACAGAAUAACACAGCAGGAAAAUGAAGAGCUGGGGACAGACCAGGCUCUUAGGACAUGAGGUCAGUAAAAGAGGGUAUCAGAUCCCGUGGAAGGAAGUUGAAGGUGGUUGCGAGCCACUGUGUGGUUCUGGGAAGCAAACUUGGAUCCUCUGCAAGAUCAGCAAGAACUGUUAAUCGCUGAGCCAUCUCUUCAACUCUUACCUGGUUUUUGAGACAGGGUCUGUCUCACUGUGUAGACUAGGGGCUGUGAUUCUUCCACUUCAGUCUCCUGAGUCCUAGGCUUAGAAACAGCUAGGCUUGGCUCACAUACUCCGCCCCCCCAGCCCCAAUUUUAUGUGAAUGUUUGGCUUACAUGUGUAUUUGUGCACCACUUGAAUGCUGGUGCUCUCAGAGGCCAGAAGUGUCAGAUCCCCUGGAACUGGAGUUAUAGAUGGUUUUGAGCUGC